CUUUCGUGGGUGCCUUGUUUGCCGCAGCAGCACCUGCCCGGCCCGACGCCGCCGCCGGAACGGAAGAGAUGCUGGGACUCUCGCUGCUGCUGGGCUUCAGCACCGGCUUGCUGGCCUAUUACUGGGCGCGCGUCCCGAAGCCCCCGCUGCUGGUGGCUUGCCAGCCCUUCCGCUCCUUCCUGGAGAAAUAUUGCCCCAUUGUGAAUGAGACCUUUUACCCUACGCCGUGGUGCUUCGAAGGACGGCUCCAGACCAUCGUCCGCGUCUUCCUCAAGUCCAGCCCGCCCGUCUCCUACCACAGUGAAGUGCUGAGGACCGCAGACGGAGGUCAGCUGAUGCUGGAUUGGGCCAAUGGCGAUGGAGAGAGCGGGCAGCACCCUGACCCAGAGAGCUGCCCCAUUGUCCUGUUCCUGCCAGGACUGACGGGCAACAGCCAGGAGACCUACAUUCUGCACAUGGUCCUGGGCGUACAGCGACAGGGCUACAGGGCUGUUGUGUUCAACAACCGAGGCUGCAAAGGAGAGGAGCUGCUGACGCACAGGGCUUUCUGUGCCAACAACACCGAAGACCUGGAGCUGGUGGUGGGGCACAUCAAGAGCCGCUUCCCCCGAGCCCCCCUGAUGGCGGUGGGCGUUUCGCUGGGCGGGAUCCUGGUGCUGAACUACCUGGGGCGCAAGGGCCCUGAAGCCGGACUGGUGGCCGCCAUGACGUGCUCCGUCAGCUGGGACUCCUUCGAGACCACCCACUCCCUCGAGAAGCCCCUCAACCAGGUGCUCUUCAACCAGCACCUGACCGCCAACCUGCGCAAGCUCAUCCAGCGGCACAGGAAGGUCAUUGCUGAGCGAAUUGAUGUGGACCACGUGCUGAAGGCGCGCAGCAUCCGGGAGUUUGACGAGCGCUACACGGCCGUGGCCUUUGGCUACAGCUCCUGCGAGGAAUACUACCAGGCCGCCAGCCCCUGCCAGAAGGUGCACAGCUUCCGCGUCCCGGUGCUGUGCCUCAACGCCUCCGACGACCCUUUCUCCCCACUUCACGCCAUCCCCGUGAAGGAAGCUCAGCGUGUCUCCACCCUGGCGCUGCUGGUGACGGCACGAGGGGGGCACAUUGGCUUCCUGGAGGGGCUCCUGCCGCGCCACCAGAGCUACAUGGACCGCGUCUUUGCCCAGUUUGCGGCUGCCGUCUUUGAGCAUCAGGAAGAGCUGGCGGCAGCCGUGGCAGCCGAGCAGGAGGAGCCGCCACAGCAGUGUUACGAACAGGGGCCAAGCACCCAGGUGGGAACCUCCUAAGCAAAACCAGGGAGGAGGAGGGCUCCUGCGGCCCCCAGCACAGGCCCCGUGAGCCCCACAGGUGGAGGGCCUGAGCUUGUAGCUCUCCCUCCUUCCAAGGGGGUAGACCAGAGGCCAGGAAGACCAGCAGCCCCUCCAAGGUCCUGGCCUCUGUCCUUCAGGAGGGGCUUCCAGCCAGCAGCACCGCUGGGACCAGAACCAAGCAGAAUACAAGAUGGUUUUUCCAGUACCUUGCCGUGAGGCUGCUUCCGUUCUGGGCCCAAAGGAAGCUGCAAUUCUCUCGCACAAGAAACUGCUUCUACCACAGUGACGAGCCAUUUCCCCUCUUUCUCUGCUCAGGGGCAAGCUGCUGUGCUUGCAGAAGGUCUCGGGUUCAAUCCCCUUUGGCAGCGUCUCCAGGGAGGGCCGGGGGAAAAGACUCCCCAUCAGAAGCCCUGGAGAGCUACUGCCAGUGAAAGAACUAUAGAGGGUCAGAACAGCUGGCAAAGGACACCAGUCUAAAAUGGUCGCAAGUCGCUUUGGGUUGCCCUAAGUGACUAACAAAUUUAAUCAAUAAUCAAUAAAAAAUAAUGAACAAAAAAACCCCGAGAGCCACUUUCAGCCAACAGUGACCACAGGAGGCCGAACUGGUGAAAGGAGAGAAAGCGCUCAGAUCUUUGAAUGAGUUGGGUCGAUUUCCUGUAAAAUACACACACACACAAAUGUGCACAUUCUACGCCCACCUACCCCACAAAAAUCUCUCAAUGCCACUCAGAGCCAGGCUGCAUGUUGGGGCAGCAGGUGUGGGCUCGUGUGGGGACCGGCCCUCUGAAGACCAUUCAUUGUCCUUGCCACAACAACUCAGGCCACACCUGCUCUGGGCCUUGUCGCCCUCCCGCCUCCGAUUCGCCCACUCCCUCAAGGGGGGAUGGGCAGCCAGCUCAGAGCACACCUGGGCUGCUGCCGCUGAACCAGGUAAGACUUGCUUGCACCUCAUUGAGGGCAGAGGUCGUCAGGCGGCAUGCAAAGGCCGUUCGUAAGACAAGUUCACUGCUGGGGAAAUAAAGGGCGGGCGUCAUUUCAGGACACGGCAACGGGGAGCCAAUGGCGUCACCAGGCAGGAUCCUCACAGCUGAUCUGCCGAAAUGUGAGCCUCCCUGGGAAGCUGCAGAGAGAUUCCUGACAGCCUUUGCACAUGGCGGAGCAAAGGAUCGUCUUCGCCGCAGGAAGAGAGGGGUUUAGAGUUACACAGAGGGAAAACAGAUACCGAGGAAACGGCUGGAGUUGAGCAAGAGGAAGGAGGUCUGCUUACAGCUUGGGGAAUUUUUAGUGGCUUAGCUGGGUCAUCUCUCAAGUUGUGGAAGGGAACCCAAGGGUCAUCUAAGUCCAAGCCGCUGCAAGGCAAGAAUCUGAGCUCUGAUCACCGUUUCCGCAGCUUGAUGGCACAUGGACCCCCAAAAGACACAAGCCCCCUCUGCUCCUCUCUGCCUAGUGCCCUGACACCCAUGCCUGGACAUCCAUGGGCACAAGGCCAGGUGGGGGCUGCUAGGCUGCAGCCGUUUAUCAGAGCAGGGAAGGAGUCCCCCAUGGCCGGCCAUCUCCCCUGCUCCAAGUCCAGCCCCUCGCGCACCCGUUGGGUCCUCCAGCCCCACCCCAGCCAGGAGGGGACAGACCAAGCAGGUAGGGAGGAGAGCAUCAUCAUCUUCUUUAAUGGGAACUUGUUGUGGGGCUGUUGU